GCCCGGCCGGGGCCCCCUCCCCCAGGCGGCUGCCGGAGACCUCUCGAGCGUCGGCGCCGGCCUGCUCCGCCGCUGGGCGCGGGCCUGGGCUCCCGGGACUCGGCGGCAGCGUGGAUUAUUGACAGUCAUGGAACACUGAAGAAUGCUUGAAUGCUGAAGUGGGCCAGCAAGGCAACGAGGGACAGAUGACACUGGCUUGAGGAAGUAACUUGGUGCACCCGCAGAGUCUUCCAUUGGGAGGUCCAGCUGUGUGUGCACAAGCACACACACCCAGGUGUCCUCCCCUGUCAGUAAUGGGCUGUUGAAAGGAGAAACUUGAUCCCUAACUGCCCUGUGGAGAUGGAGGAUGAAGAACUGGAGUGUCCAAACUCCUCCUCAGAAAAGCGCUAUUUUCCUGAGUCCCUGGACUCCAGUGAUGGGGAUGAGGAGGUUGUUCUGACCUGUGAGGACCUGGAAGUGAACCCUUUUGACGGACUACCAUACUCAUCACGCUAUUACAAACUUCUCAAAGAAAGAGAAGACCUCCCAAUAUGGAAAGAAAAAUACUCCUUUAUGGAGAAUCUGCUGCAAAAUCAGAUUGUGAUUAUUUCAGGAGAUGCCAAAUGUGGCAAGAGCUCUCAGGUUCCUCAGUGGUGUGCUGAAUAUUGCCUUUCCAUCCACUACCAACAUGGGAGCGUGAUCUGCACCCAGGUCCACAAGCAGACGGCAGUUCAGCUCGCCCUGCGAGUGGCGGACGAGAUGGAUGUUAACAUUGGACACGAAGUGGGCUACAUGAUCCCCUUUGAAAACUGCUGUACCAGUGAGACCAUCCUGAGGUACUGUACUGAUGACAUGUUGCAAAGAGAAAUGAUGUCCAGUCCUUUCUUGGGUAGCUAUGGGGUCAUCAUCUUAGACGACGUUCAUGAAAGAAGCAUCGCAACUGACGUGUUACUUGGACUUCUUAAAGACGUUUUGCUAGCAAGACCAGAACUGAAGCUCAUAAUUCACUCCUCACCUCUGCUGAUCAGCAAACUCAGUUCUUACUAUGGAAACGUGCCUCUCAUAGAAGUGAAGAGAAAGCACCCUGUGGAGGUGGUGUACCUCAGUGGGGCGCACAAGGACUCCUUCCAGUCCAUUUUACAGCUUAUCUUUGAAAUUCACCACUCGGGAGAGAAGGGUGACGUUGUAGUCUUCCUGGCCUGUGAGCAAGACAUUGAAAAGGUCUAUGAAAUGUUCUGUCAAGAAGGAUCUAACUUACACUCUGACCUCGGAGAGCUGGUGAUUGUUCCUUUGUAUCCCAAAGAGAAGUGUGCAGUGUUCAAACCAGUUGAUGAGACAGAAAAAUCAUGCCAAGUGUAUCAAAGAAGAGUGGUGUUGACCACCAGCUCUGGGGAGUCUUUGAUCUGGAACAACACAGUCAGAUUUGUGAUUGACGUGGGUGUGGAGAGAAGACAGGUGUACAACCCCAGAAUUCGAGCCAACUCCCUCGUUCUGCAGCCAAUCAGCCAAAGCCAAGCAGAGCUCCGGAAGCAGCUUCUCGGGUCAUCUUCUUCAGGAAAACUUUUCUGCCUAUACACUGAGGAAUUUGCCUCCAAAGACAUGAGGCCACUUAAGCCCGCAGAAAUGCAGGAGGCCAACCUCACCAGCAUGGUGCUUUUCCUGAAGAGGAUUGACAUUGCCGGCUUGGGCCACUGCGACUUCAUGAACAGACCAGCACCAGAAAGUUUGAUGCAGGCAUUGGAGGACUUAGAUUAUCUGGCAGCACUGGACAACGAUGGGAAUCUUUCUGAAUUUGGAAUCAUCAUGUCGGAGUUUCCCCUGGACCCGCAGCUCUCAAAGUCUAUCUUGGCAUCCUGUGAAUUUGACUGCGUGGAUGAAAUGCUGACCAUUGCUGCCAUGGUAACAGCUCCUAACUGCUUUUCCCACCUGCCUCAUGGGGCUGAGGAGGCUGCCAUGACUUGUUGGAAGACAUUUUCACAUCCUGAAGGUGACCACUUUACCCUCAUCAACAUUUUCAAGGCCUACCAAGACGCGGCUCUGAACUCUACCAGUGAGCACUGUGUGGAAAAGUGGUGUCAUGAUUACUUCCUCAACGGCUCUGCUCUCAGGAUGGCAGAUGUUAUCCGAGCCGAACUCUUAGAAAUUAUCAAGCGAAUCGAGCUUCCCUAUGCAGAACCUGCUUUUGGCUCCAAGGAAAAUAAUCUGAACAUCAAGAAAGCUCUGCUGUCAGGCUACUUCAUGCAGAUUGCUCGGGACGUUGACGGGGCGGGUAACUACCUGAUGCUAACUCACAAGCAGGUUGCGCAGCUGCAUCCCCUAUCUACGUACUCCAUCACCAAGAAGAUGCCCGAGUGGGUCCUCUUCCAUCAGUUCAGCAUCUCUGAGAACAACUACAUCAGGGUCACCUCAGCAAUCUCUCCUGAACUAUUUAUGCAGCUGGCACCACAGUACUAUUUCAGUAAUCUGCCUCCUAGUGAAAGCAAGGAUAUUCUGCAGCAAGUCAUGGACCACCUGUCCCCCCUCUCCACCAUGAAGAAGGAGGAGGACGCAUGCGACAAGUGUCCAGACACUCCUGAACAGAGAUGCACUCUUCAGUGAGUGCUCAGAGGCACAGGCGAACACAGACCCCACCGCGAGCCCACAGCAAGCCCACGCCGUGCCCAGAGCCACAGGCUGACACAGCGAACACGGGACAGUCCCGAAGAAGUGACACUUCAUAAAUGAUUUUAAAAUAAAAAAAUAGGAGUUUUUAUUGCAUUCUUUAAAUUACCUGCUCCAUGUAUUCUUCAUACUGGAAGUUUUUAAUCAAACAUUCAUUCAUAAUUUGACCAAAAUUGAAAUCAACAUUUUCUAAGUGUGUCACGGACACAUGAAAAAAGAGCCCUACUUUUUGUAGAGGACCUUAAUCUGAAUAAAGCGCUGAGUUUUUCAG